AUGUCUGAUACAGAAAGAACUCCAGUCCUGCAUACAAAAUCCAGAAAGGGGAUGAAAUACAGUGAUGCCACUCAUUCAACUCACAUCCGUCAUCUGAUAAUUGAAAAGAGCAAGAACCAGUUGAAAGCUCCAUCAGAAAUUGCCAAGGAGCUCAACAUUCUGCAUUCGACCAUGAACACAAUAAUUGGAAGAUUUGAGAGAACUGGAAGUGUGGAGUACAAGUCUCUGGGUGGUGAUUUUAGAACAAUCAUCAAAGAUCAUCACAAACAGUUUAUUCUGGAUAUGAUUGAUAGCAACAAUACUAUCACUCUAGCAGAGCUACAGCAAGAGCUAGGGAGGGGCCUAAAUCCGGGUAAAGAACUAGAGCGGAAGAAAGCAGAGCCGAAAGGAAUUAAGCUAUGGCUAGUCUUUCCCAUGACAACUAAAGAUAUGAGGGUUGGUUUUGAUGUUGGAAGAGAGACAAAGGAUCUAAUCAAUCUCAAAAUGAUCUCUUUUCCCCCCUCCCCCUUUUCCCCAGUCAAGGGCGCAUACCACAUUAUUGCUAGGAAUGAAAGCGUUGCUGAUAUUCAACACAUUGAGAGUAAUAGAAGAAUUAUGUGGAAUACACAUGGAGAAGUACAACCAGGGGGGUCGAUUUAUAGCACUCAAAUAAAUCCAAAUAUGUUUAUGCACAGCAAACAGCAGCACAAAAUGCUAGCCUCCAUAUUCACCAUGUACAAACAGUCCGUGAGUGACAGUGACAAUGUUAAUAACGUCAGAUAG